AUGGAAGGUGAUGUGUACGUACAUCGACUGGCCGAGCACAUCAAGCAGUACGAAAGGAGAGCAAAGACGAGGCAGGCAAACGCACGAGCGCCGAGCCAUGGCUCCACAGUCGUCAGCUACCUUACACUCGGCGCGGUCGCAGCUGCGCCGCCUGUCCGAACGAACCGCGAUGAUGUACCGCCAUUGAAGCUUGAUCCGCAUCAUCUCAUGUACCUCCUUCUUCGACUUGACGGUUGCGACAGUCUGCCGGGCAUCGAAGACCUUGAUCGGCCGUGGGAAACGACGCCGAGCCGGAUGCUCAACUAUUAUGGCACGGAAGCACAACAAAGAGCGUCGGAUCAGUCGGAUAAGAUGUCAAUGGCUUCUGGCCUGUCCUCGUAUACCUUUGGAAGUUCUUGGUUCGGCAGAGAUAGCGAAAAGACGGGCAAACAAGCACUCGACGCGGAUCUCAAGUAUCUCUAUGCUGCCUGCACAGUCUUGCCGGCACUUGACAUGGCGCCUUUUGGGUCUUCCCCAUCACACAGAGUUAUCACGUCGUUCGAAACAUUGCCUGAUGAACUCUGCGUGCCUCUUGGCUUGUUCAAGAACUUGCAGCGCUUGACAAUACGCGACCUUGAUCCACGCGCUUUUGCAGGCUGGCACAGGCUUGCCGACACACUCGUUCAGCUUAGUCUCAUCAGUACCGGCCUUGAGGAUAUCUCGGAUCUGUUUAUAGGCAAGGUCUUGUCGGAUCAACACUCUGCUAACGUAUCAAGUCAGCGUCAGCAAGCUGUCGAGAGGGAGCGUCGUUCAUCUGCGCUGCCUUCUGAGCCCACUCCAUUGCUUGUACCACCAGCGAGGUUGAAGCAGACUGCUUGGUCGAGUUUGCGGUAUCUGUCGCUUGCGUCGAAUUAUCUAACGUUCGUCCCCAUGGAUCUGGCGCAUCUCGCUUCCAUUCGCCACCUCGAUCUUUCUGAUAACCUUCUCGUGGCAGUACCUGAUGGUCUAGCCGAUAUGUUCUGCCUUCAGACACUCAAUCUCAGUGGCAAUAUGAUUGACUCUUUGCUCGGUAUCGCUCGUAUUCUUGGCAAUGUGACUACAGUCAAUCUAGCGAACAAUCGUCUGGAUUCUCUGUGUGGCCUGGAGCGGUUGCUGGCACUCGAGCGACUCGAUCUGCGCUCGAAUGGCAUUCAAGACUCGUCAGAAGUGGGCCGACUGGCACCUCUGCCCAACCUCGUAGAGCUCUGGGUCGAUAACAACCCACUAGUGCGGACAGAAGCUGAUUGGCGAUUGCGCUGCUUUGAGACCUUUGCGAGAGAAAGCCGGACCGGUGGCGCGCUGACACUCAAGCUCGAUGGUGCCGCGCCAAGCUUUACGGACAGGCAAGCAUUGCGGCAGAUCCGGCCCAGUCGGCCUGGUCAGUAUGCGACUUCGCCUCCACAGACUGCGAGCACGAUCGAUAUGGCUGUCAGUCCGAUGCAAGCGAACUCGCUCGGCAAGCAGAGGAGAAGGCCACCCCGCAUCGUUCGACUCGAAAGUAUAGGUCCGACCAGCCCGACGCGAACGGCCCCUGUCCAUUCGGCUCUCGAGCCUACUGCAAAGAAAGUAGCGCCUCGCCGUGCGAACAAUAAGACGGCUCGGGCUGCUGUUGCGGUCAAUGAGCAACAGGGCGAAGGACCGGAAGCGCUCAGGCAGCGUAUUGAGGCUCUCAAGCUCGAGUUGGGCGAUCAGUGGCUCAACGUGAUGGGAGAUGAGGAGAUGGUCCCUUCGUAG